AUGGACAGAACGGGACCUAAAAGCCGUUUUCCUUUGAGUAAGAUUUAUUUGCCAUAUCAUCACAAAGAAAAACAUGAAAUUAAUUCUGUUAAAACAGAACUUAAAGCAGAUAUCUUUGAAAUGAACUGUUUGUAUUCAUCAUUCAUACAGCAAACAGCAGAUACUUACAGAAAUUCAUCAACAUAA